CUGCACACACACACACACACACACACACACACACACACACACACACGAACACGCUGAACUGAACUAAACACUUGUGUACCGGACUUUCUCUCCUAAACACGCUGGAUAUUAACACUGAACAUUUUGGACUUUUUAUGGAUUAAACACUGAACAUGAAGCUUAAGGGGACACUGGACUCUUUCAGACCUGUCGUGUGACGCCAUAGCUCCGCCCAUUUACGUGAAUGACUGACGUCGCUAGCCCCGCCCACCCCUCCGUCAUCGCUGCAGUAAUGUGAAUGGCGCUCAGAGACCGAAGGGGAAGGAAGAGAAAAACCGAGCGCGUUCGGUUAGGAAGGAAAAUCCCCCAAAUGACACGAGAAAGAACAGAAACCCCGCUGUAAAAUGGAGGAUAGCUUCGAUUGCGACUGCGGCGAGCUCGAGCCACCCGAUCACUGAGGGAGAGCGUUAGUGCUGAGCUCGGCCGACCUCCCCGCUCCUCCCCGCUCCUCUCCUCACCUCUCCUCACGCAAUCAGACCAGACGGUGCUCAGUUUAUCACGUUAGGAUCGUAAUGCUGCUGCCGCUCAGGAACAGUCGUACACUGAACGCAUCGGCGCUGUGAGGAUGCUGCUGCUGCUGGUACUCGCUUUCACACGAGCAUUUCAUCACUGAUCACACGUCCAUUCCGUUACACACAGUCUGGGGCUGAACAGGAAGACUAGAGUUUAAAAAGAAAAAAAUAAAUAAAUUAAAAAACCCACAGGCCUGUUUUCUGUUUCGAUAAUCAACACGUUCUGAGCCGUGAGAACGCGCUGUGAGGACUCGGAAUUCCUUUCUGUUUAUUUGGGAAGUUUUGUUGUUGUUGUUUUGUUUUUGUUUUUUUUCCCUUGAAGAGGAAUAUCUCUGUGCAGUAAAUAAAUCUCGUCGCUCAAACAGCGUCUGUUAUAAAUAAAAAAACCUCAAAUAUUUAUAAUUUCUAAAGAGAGAAGAUAAAAUCCAUCUCUGAAUCCUUCUGUGGUGCUGUUAUAUAAAAUGGCGGAGAAGUUCGAGAGCCUGAUGAACAUCCACGGUUUCGAUCUGGGCCCCCGGUACACGGACCUGAAGCCGCUCGGGUACGGCGGGAACGGCCUGGUGUUCUCGGCCGUGGACCGGGACUGCGACAAGCGCGUGGCCGUGAAGAAGAUCGUCCUGACGGACGCGCAGAGCGUCAAGCACGCGCUGCGAGAGAUCAAAAUCAUCCGCCGCCUCGACCACGACAACAUCGUGCGCGUGUUCGAGACGCUGGGGCCGAGCGGGCGGCGUCUGAGCGAAGACGCCAGCUCUCUGACCGAAGUGAACUCGGUCUACAUCGUGCAGGAGUACGUGGAGACGGACCUGUGCACCGUGCUGGAUCAGGGCCCGCUCUCCGAGGAGCACGCACGCCUGUUCGUCUACCAGCUGCUGCGCGGACUCAAGUACAUCCACUCGGCCAACGUCCUGCACCGAGACCUCAAACCCGCCAACCUGUUCGUCAACACCGAGGACCUGGUGCUCAAGAUCGGAGACUUCGGCCUGGCGCGCAUCAUGGACCCGCACUACUCGCACAAGGGUCACCUGUCAGAAGGUCUGGUCACAAAGUGGUAUCGUUCUCCUCGCCUUCUUCUCUCCCCUAAUAACUACACUAAAGCCAUCGACAUGUGGGCAGCCGGCUGCAUCUUCGCCGAGAUGCUCACGGGAAAAACACUCUUCGCAGGUGCUCAUGAGUUGGAGCAGAUGCAGCUGAUCCUGGAGUCGAUCCCCGUGAUCCAUGAGGAGGACAGACAGGAGCUGCAGAGCGUCAUCCCGGUGUUUAUUAAAAACGACAUGUCCGUACCACACACUCCACUCGCUAAACUGCUGCCGGGGGUCAGCGCUGAGGCUCUGGACUUCCUGGAGAAGAUCUUGACCUUUAACCCCAUGGACCGGCUGACGGCGGAGGAGGCUCUGGCUCACCCCUACAUGAGUGUGUACUCGUUCCCUCUGGACGAGCCCGUGUCCUCUCACCCCUUCCACAUCGAGGACGAGGUGGACGACAUCCUGCUCAUGGACGAGAGCCACAGCCACGUCUACAACUGGGACAGGUAUCACGAGAGUCAGCUGUCGGAGCCGGAGUGGCCUCUGCAGAGCGCGGGGGAGGUGGAGGAGGUGCAGCGCGACCCGCGCGCCGUGUCCGACAUCACGGACGACGAGGAGGCGCAGCUGGACCCGCGCAAGUACGCCGACGCCGAGAGCGAGAAGUUCCUGGACGAGCAGCCGUUCGACCUGGCCCCGAGCCAGCGGCGUGACGAGGGCGUCCACCACGAGAACAAGUACUGCGAGCUGGAGUGCGGCCACACCUGCAACUACAAGGCCGCGUCCCAGUCCUACCUGGACAACCUGAUCUGGAGGGAGAGCGAGGUGAACCACUACUACGAGCCCAAGCUCAUCAUCGACCUCUCCAACUGGAAAGAGCAGCAGAGCAAAGAGAGAGCCGACCGCAAGAGCAAGAGCAAGUGUGAGAAGAACGGCCUGGUCAAGGCUCAGCUGGACAAGGAGAAGCACCAACAGCACCAUCAGCACCAUCAGCACCAUCAGGGCUUCGACUUCGACUCCUUCAUCGCCGGAACCAUCCGCCUCAGUCUGCAGCCCGAGAGCCGCGACAUCGGCCUCCUCAACGAGCUCAACGAGCUCAACAGCUCCGUGUCUCAGCUCAGCAAGUCGACCAGCCAGGAGAAGGACGAGAAGUGUCAGGUGAACCUGGCGCAGCAGUGCCCGUGGGAGAGCAGCGGGAACGAGAGCUGCCUGAUCGACGAGGCGUGCUGGGACGAGCAGAAAGACGGCGGAGGAUACGGAGGAGGAUACACCAGCUACCUAGAUCGCCUCUUCAGCAAAAGAGAGGACGAGAACCCGUCCGUCUGCUCUCCCGACGUUUCCCCGGACGCCGAGCCUCCGCGAGACGAGACCGCGCCCCCGCGGCUCAACGGCGAGAUCGUCCUCGAGUCUCUGGGCUUCGACGCUAAGAAAACCCUGCAGGCUCACGUCAGGUGUUCUCCUCAGAUCGCCCACAAGACCUACAGCAGCAUCCUCAAACACCUGAAUUAAACCGAGCGCUUUAUAUACCGUACAUCGCAGUGUUCAGGACGCACGAUACUGUUAGUGUCGGCGCUUCGGGAAAACACCUGCAGGAGGCGGGGUUUCUGCUCCCCGGCCAAUCACGCGGCAGCGUGCGUCUCUGUUCACGAGGCGCUCCGUUACGGUGUUUUCCCGAAGCGUCCGCGCUUUAACAGGGCGAGGUUUCUAAAUAUCGUGAUGUGCCGUAUAACCGAAACACACACACACACACACACACACACACACACACAAGGAGCUCGGCUUGUCCUUAUUUUUUUAUCUUCUAUGUUUAGUGUGUUAUUUUACUUGAAGCAUUUGAGAACUUUUUACACACACACACACACACACACACACACACGGCUACUUUUUAAUUUUAUUUUCGUUUUAUGUUUCAGAGAGGGUGUUUGUAUGGAUUACUUCAACACGGAUAACUUAAAAAAAAAAAAAAAAAAAAAAAAAAAAACACACAGAUCCUGAUUCACUAAAGAGCUUCAGUGUUCAUGUUUUUUUUUGUUUUUUGUUUUUGUUUUGUUUUUUUUUUUCAGAAAUGAAAAACAGGAAAAAUAUAUACAUUUGAAAAAAAAAAAAAGACAUUAAUGAGACUGGCAUGCCAUUUGCACACAGCAUACUGUAGAGUCGUAGACGUGCUAGAGGAGGAUUCAAGAAAUAUUUAGAGAGGAAAAAAAAAGAAUCAAAACCCGAGACGAGGAAGGAACAAGGCGUUAACCGUGAGAAGGUGACGUCACUGACAUCGCGACUGACCCCCCACUCCGCCGCUUCCUCCUCUUCCUCAUCCUCAUCCUCCUCUUCCUCUUUAAAUAAAACCAUCUCUAUUCCUCUUCUUUCACACACCAAAGUCCCUCGGCCUGCCGCCUCUUCUUUAUUCUUCUUCUUUUUUUUUUUA